CGCGGCGCUAGAGUAUAGUCUGCCUGGUUCAAAGGCUAGCGACAUGGCGGAACAAAUUUACUCGAAGAUGGAAAAUGAUGUCGGGAAAAUCCCAGAAAUCAAUGAUAUUAACGGAGUUAAACCGACAAUUCCUCUUGAUUUGUCAAAGUUGUCAGAGAAAGAAAGAUGGAAGAUAGAGCAUCAGCGAUUACAUGAGAAGCACAAAGGUCACGAGGCCAUGCAUGCAGAGAUGAUCCUGAUUCUGAUUGCCACGCUGGUGGUGGCACAGGUUCUGCUUGUCCAAUGGAAAACCAGACAUUUCAAAUCGUACCAGAUCGCUACAUUGGUAGGUAUGUGGGCCAUACCGGUAUACUUCUGUGUGACUCUUCACUGGUGGCGAUUCCUGAUCAUCUGGACCAUCUUCUCUCUCAUUACUGCCUUCAUAUCGUACAGAGCUACCCGCAACCCCUUACCGGGAUCAACUCCAAGGCUAGUGUACAAAUGGUUCUACACAAUCUACAAGAUCAGUUACGGUCUUGGGGUGUGCGGCUACACCGUCAUCAUGUGCACCUUCCUGAACCUCAACCUGCUUUUCCUGAUCAAAACCGACAAGUCUAUGGACUUUGGUCUGGUGCUGCUCUUCUACGGACUCUACUAUGGGGUACUGGGACGGGACUUUGCUGAAAUCUGCUCCGAACAGAUGGCGGCACGGAUAGGAUACUACACAAAAACAGGGUUGCCAGGCCGAGCCCUAGAAGACAAUAUCUGUGCCGUCUGUGGUCAGAAGAUUUACAUACCUGAUGAGGACGAGGAAGUGGCGGAACGAGUCUAUGAGCUGACCUGCAAACACAGGUUCCAUGAGUUCUGCAUACGAGGCUGGUGCAUCGUAGGGAAGAGGCAAAUUUGUCCCUACUGCAAGGAGAAAGUCGACCUCAAAAGAAUGUUCAAAAACCCCUGGGAGCGCCCUCACGUCAUGUUCGGUCAACUGCUUGACUGGAUCCGCUACCUCGUUGCCUGGCAACCAGUCAUAUUCUUAAUCGUACAAGGCAUCAACUAUGUAUUAGGGUUAGAAUGACGACACAUUAUGAUAUACACACUGUAGGAUUUGUACUUCCAUAUAAAGUACUUUUUGAUCUCGACUUUUUGAACCUACUUUGCAAGUCCUCCACUUUCAAUCCAGUCUUUUUUUGUCAUAUUUACUGAACACAGUACAUGUAUGUCACUCCAACUCACUUGAUCACUUGACUCUCUGACAAAUGCUCAAAAUUUUGUGUUGAUGGUCUGGUCCCAUUUUUCAUUAUUUAAAACUUUAACCCUAACUCCCUAACAUGAUUUACUAGGGACCAUACCCAUCCGGGCAAAUUCCAACACCAUAUGGGAAACUGCACAUACAUAUUUCUGACUGAUUCUGGAGGUGUGCCAACCCAAUGUAAAAGACAUUCAGUCAGUUUAGGGGUACUGUACCCAUCCUGACAGAUUCCAACAAAACAUGCCAUUGGGGUUUGAUUGGCGAUUUCUGUUAGGGUUAAAGAGUGUAUUUAUAUUGGUUUUGCUUUCAGUGGUUGUAGUUAAAUGUUAUUUACCCUUUUCCCCAAACUCUUUCCUGAAAAAAGUUAACGUUUGUUGAUUUCGAAAAUAAAGGCAUGUUUUAUUAUCUAAAUAAUAUCUGAGCUUUGAAUUUGUUUUGCCCAUUGCUGGGGCACCAUCGUCAGUAAAUAAGAACACUGAGAAAAAUAUCUCAACCCGUGGGCCUUAAACCCAACAUGUUGGAGCAGGGCACCGGGGAAGGGGAAAACAACUAAAAGGUUCAUUAAGAGGUUGGAAUAGACAGAACACAUGACGUAACGUUUUGUUUACAUGUGUGCUUUCACCACCUAUAACAUUAACAUGCGCGACGUCAUUAUGUUUCAGGACUAUUGUCUGUAUAUUACACAGUAGGUUGGUUAAGAGCUGUGUAACUUUGUUGUUUUGUCGCUCAAGUAAUUCAACAUAUAUUAAAGAGCGUUUGUACAGUUUAAAUAAACUGCCUUUCAAGUUAA